AUGAAAAAAUGCUCAAACGGAAAAGGAGCUUAUUUUCAUCGUUUCUUCUUGAUCUUCACAGUUUUUCCAAUAGUUUUAGGAAGACAUAGUCAUAGAAUGGUAAAUCAACUGGACCAGAAUGUUGGGAGUGUCUUGUUCGAUAAAAAUGAUGUUGCUAAAAAGUGUUGGAAUAAUGAACAAUUAACUUUAUUAAUAAGUAGAAAUAUAUUUCAAGAUAUUUUACCAAAGAUAGAAAUGAUUGAUGCGAGUAAUGAAGAUUACAUUGGACUUAUUAUGGAGUACAUGGACGUUUGCUUGGAAGUAAUAAAAAAAUUAACAACUGGCAGAACAAAGCGUUUGAUUAUGAAAGCUUUUGCAGACACUAUGGCUGGUUAUUUACGGGUUUAUAUUCUUCCAAUAACCAAGCGAUCUUUCUACGCUGGCAAUAUCCAGUAUCACAAUGCCAAAAGGCUUUUUGAUCUUUAUGACGAACUAAAAGUUUUCUUACGAACUAAUGGAAUUGGCUGGUUUAAGCCGAAUAAUGACACUCGGCAAUUUAAUAUUACUCCCAUCGAUAUUCCACCUAAUGAAAAUUUUGAUACUUGCUCCAAUUUGCUACUUUAUCCAGGUGAGGGAGGCGGAGUUUUGGUACCUUUACCUUUUUUGGAUGAUGAUGAAAACCCUGGCAGUAUAGCACUUCCAUUUGAGAAUUCCAGUCUUCAUUCUCUUUUCACUGAAAGCUCAGCAUUCAUAGUGCAGAAAUAUUAUGUUGCUAGCGUCAGUUGUAUAUUAUCUUCAUCACGUAGGAAGCGAGAAAUAUCAUCACAAGAUCAACUAUAUAAAUUUCUAAGGGAACUUAAUGAGUGGUUGGAGCAAGUUAUUAAUCCUCAUCUAGAAGAUGAAAAAUGGUAUCCUGCGUUUGGCGGAAUAUCUCGAGUGAUGGCAAGCAUAAAAUCAAAGAACUGCUUAGCUCCGGAAGCAAUCAACCCUCCUGGCAUCAUUCAUAGUAGUGAAAAACAAAUGGUGUGUGAUCAAUCUGGAGGAUCAACUAAUUCAUUGGGUGAAGAAACCAGUUGUAAAUCAAUAAACGAAGUCUAUUCAACAUGGAACACUAAAAAUAUCAUACUAAUGGCUCUACUUCUAGCAAUUAUGUCUUUAUUACUUUGUAUUUGUAUCUUCUGUUGCAAGCGUAUUUCAUUCCACAAAAAUCCACCAAUAUCAGUAAUUUAUAAGAAUGCUGAAUGUACGCCGAUAAAGAUAAAUAGAUUCGAUCCUCAUUGUACGGUGUGUUUGUGUGACGACGAUGAUGACGAUGAAGAGGAAGAAGAUGAAGAGAGGUAUCUUGGUGAAACACAACUUGGUAGUGAAGAAGAAAGAAGAUUUUACGAAGAAAAAAGAGAAAGCAGAGGUUUUAUAUCAGUACCCGCUGCUCAAAGUACACCUAUUAGAUAUGAUGCUAGUACAGAUUCUCUUCUCUCAACAUCCUCUUCAUCUUCUUCGUCUUCGGAAAGCUGUUUUCCAGUGAGCAAUUCAAAAUCUUCACCAUAAUGUUCGAUAAUUGAAAAUAAAAGAGAAAUUACGAAAUUUAGCCCUAUAUAUGUUCAACUAUACAUUCAGAAAAUGAGGGAAAAAGACGAAAGAAAUGUAGAAAUACUUAGGAGACGGGAGAAAAAUGAUAAAUGGAGCGCGCAAGGGUAGUGCCAUCUGGUAAGAACCCACUAGUAAGCAGGGGAGAGCUUGAUAGUCGAGCCGGGAACUGAUCCCAGUGCUUGCCAGUAUUCCGCGAUACGUUGAACUGAACACAUCGUAUUUGCGAUUGUCCUUGUUAUUU